AUGGGCUACCUCGACGACGAAGUCAAGCGCCUGCAGAGCAUUAUCGAUGGCAUUGAGGGUCGCGUAAAAGCUCUCGAGACCAGGCAAUCCGGCGGCAGCCCGUCCAAGGCGACGUCCGAGGAGAUUCGCAUGAUCCUCAUCGGACCCCCUGGAGCUGGCAAGGGAACACAAGCGCCCAAGAUCAAGGAGAAGUUCUCCUGCUGCCAUCUGGCCACCGGCGACAUGCUGCGAUCACAAGUAGCCAAGAAGACGCCGUUGGGACGGGAAGCCAAGAAGAUCAUGGACCAGGGCGGACUUGUCAGCGACGACAUUGUCAUUGGCAUGAUCAAGGAGGAGCUGGAAAACAACCAAGAGUGCAAGGGCGGGUUCAUCCUCGACGGAUUCCCACGCACCGUCCCGCAGGCCGAAGGGCUCGACGCCAUGCUGCGGUCGCGCAACCAGACACUCCAGCACGCCGUAGAGCUGCAGAUUGACGACGCGCUGUUGGUGGCGCGCAUCACGGGACGGCUGGUUCACCCGGCGAGCGGACGGUCGUACCACACCACCUUCAACCCCCCCAAGAAGGCCAUGACGGAUGACGUGACAGGCGAGCCGCUGAUCCAGCGCAGCGACGACAACGCCGAGGCCCUCAAGAAGCGCCUGGCAACGUACCACCUGCAGACGGCCCCCGUCGUGGGUUACUACCAGAAGACGGGCAUCUGGAAGGCCAUCGACGCCAGCCAAGAACCCGGCACCGUGUGGAAGAGCCUGCUGGCCAUCUUUGACGGCGACAAGGCCAAGGCCGGCAACGCCGGCUCCGGCAUUCUUAGCAAGCUCGCCGGCCGCUCGUAG